UUUGAAGGGUAAUAUCCGGUAUACUUUUGUCUAACUUGACGGAUCGUAGCGGACGUGUGGAGCUGUCGCCGACUUGACUGUACUAAGUAGCUGCUCGCUGGUGCCAACGCCCGGCGAAAAGGAUAGCUACCGUUAGCCAUCACGGAUACGUAGAACGGCUGCUAACGUUUUCAGGCAGAAAGCACAGACAUGCAGACUAUCAAAUGUGUGGUGGUGGGUGACGGAGCUGUGGGAAAAACCUGCCUUCUGAUUUCAUACACUACCAACAAGUUCCCCUCUGAAUAUGUACCAACAGUGUUUGACAACUAUGCAGUAACUGUUAUGAUUGGGGGUGAACCCUACACCCUUGGCUUAUUUGAUACAGCAGGUCAAGAGGAUUAUGACCGGUUACGACCACUAAGCUACCCACAGACAGAUGUUUUCUUAGUGUGUUUCUCAGUGGUGUCCCCCUCCUCAUUUGAGAACGUUAAAGAAAAGUGGGUCCCUGAAAUAACUCACCAUUGUCCCAAGACUCCGUUCCUUUUGGUCGGCACUCAAAUAGAUCUACGUGAUGACCCUUCCACAGUGGAGAAGUUAGCUAAGAACAAGCAGAAGCCAAUCACCCCCGAGACAGCAGAAAAGCUGGCUCGUGACCUUAAAGCAGUCAAAUAUGUUGAGUGCUCAGCCCUAACACAGAAAGGAUUAAAGAAUGUGUUUGAUGAGGCAAUACUGGCUGCCCUGGAGCCUCCUGAACCUAAGAAAAGACGUAAAUGUAUUCUGAUUUGAGUUGCAUUGAGCCCUUCUACCCCACCGAUUUCCAAACCUAAGUUAAUCGUACGGAAGAGGUUUGCUGCACAUGCACAUUGUCACAAUUUGAGACCUGAUGAAAUGGUUGCCUUUUAGCUAAUUUACCCUACAUACACAGACUGUGUUGGAAAGGUGUUAACAUUUGAUGCCGUUUGUGGUGACAUGCAACUAAAAGAUUCUUAGAUGAUGUAAACACAACACUUAAAUAUAUCAAGCAACUGUGGGCAAUAUUUUAAUAAAUAUAGUUACAUUAGAUAUUGUUUUGCAGAAGUGCAUAUUCUAGAACUGACAACUUUUUUACUGAACCUGUUUUAUUGACUGUCCUAUAAAAUAGACAAGUGAGAAGUGACAGUUUAGUGAAACACUAGAUCAUACUGUAUUCUACUUUUUUUUAUAAUUACAUGUGUUGAUUGCAACAAUUGCAGAAAGGACUGACGGAGUAUUUAAUGAUAAUAGUAUAUUUUUGUUUUUGUGUCAUGGUUUGUGCUACUUAGUGUCAGGAUUCGGUUCUGGGCAGAUCUAAAAACUAUCUAAUUGGAUAUAAUUGAAAUACAACAUCAAUGAUUCUAUUAGUCACUUUGCCAGUAGUUGGAACCACAUAUUACUGUCUUACCUUUUGUGAGUUAUCAAAUACCAUAAUGGCAAAUCUUCUCAAGGGCAUUUCAGCCUAUAACCUCCAGCUCAUCAUGUACUGUAUUCCAUAAACAUGUGACAGUUCUUCUAUGUCGUCUGAACCCCUGUGGAGAUCUUCGAAUGACUGAACUAAUACUAUUUAUCUUUUUUUUAGCUUUGGCAGCAAAUUGCAUUUUUAAUUGUAAAUAUGGUGAGAAUGACUCAUAACUUAUUUCCAAAUAAAUGCAUUACUGAUAAUGAGCUUUGGAGAAACAAAUAUCAGUUAACCAGGAAUAUGAAAACCACUUUCUUAGAUUUUCAAUCUUAUCUGACAUUAAAACAAUGUAUUUACCUGUGAUAAAGCAUUACGACAAACCAGUAUUAUGAAUAAACUUCACUUCAUACUA